AUGACGUUUGUAGGGGAGGACCUGACUGAACACCUGAAAAGCUUCAAAUGUAUAUUUCUGGAGUCAAUCACUGGAGCAGAAGAGGUUUGGACUAAGUUUGGUGACUCCUGUAUGACCAUCCAAAGGGUAUUUAGAGACCAGGCCAAAGAUGCUUACAAGUUUCUGAGAAUGAAGCCGUCCUCUCUGUCUGAACAGGAGUGGGAGAAGCAGUAUAACAGUGUGAGGGCAGAGAUUCUGAUUAAGACCAUCAUCCCACAUUUUAGAGACAGUGUCUUUUCUUCCAACAGCCUCCAUGACACCCUUCUCUCCAUAAACUCAGACCAUCUCUUUCAUGACUAUCCUGUUUGUUCAAGUAUCAGAGAACAUAUGAACCAAGCCAAGCAGAAAAUGGAGAAUUCAGAGCAGACAGUAAGAGAAAUACUGAGCCAUUUAAAUGGGGAUAUUAAGAAACUCGCAGACCAACAGAAGACACUGGACAAACAACUAAUGGACAAGGAACUUGAGCUUGACAACCUGCAAACCCAACAAGCCUCAAACAAACAAUCACUGGACAGUUAUAAGGAUUCUCUGGCCCUAGCAAAUGCAAGGUUGCAGUCUACUCAAGCCACACUUCGCAGACAACAGGAUAGAGAGGAUACUGCAAAGACUGUGACUUAUAUUGGGGCUGGUGUAACACUGAUUCCAUUUGUUGGAUGGAUUGCAGGACCAGCUAUGAUGGUAGCUGGUGCAGUGGAAAUAUGUGAGGCUGAGAAGGCUAUUAAAGAUGCAAGACAAGAGGUUGAAAGGUUCCAGUCUCACUUCUGUGAAAAGAAAUGUAGUUUUCUUGGGCUUUUCUUUUUUUUUUUCUUUACCCCAUUCUUAACAGAAGUGGUACUUAGUGGCUCAGCCUGGAGUCCAGAGUUCAUACAGGAGCUGUUGCCAGCAGCAGAGAGGACGGCUCUACUUUACCAUGUGUCCUAUCUGUGUCUGGCCGGCUUUCCCAACCUGGAGAGGCUGCUCCGGAGCAGGGCCCUGGAGACUCAGCUCCUCUUUGGCUCCUCAGAGGCUCUCCUGUUCAAGUGUGUUGGUACCAGUGAGAACUUGGUGAAGUCUCUGUUCCCUAUGCUGAAAGCAGCAGUGGAAAAGAACAAGCCCUCACUCGCUGUGAAGUACCUGGAGAAGGCAAAAGCUUGGAUUACCAAGAUCAUCACUGAAGUUGAACAGAUUAAGGAGAGAUAUGAUUCACUCAACAAAGAUGUUGCCACAACCACCAGUGAUGUUAUCACAGAGAAGACUGAAACUGACAGAAAGAUUAAAUCUCGAAACCAGGAAGCUAAUGAAGCUGAAACCAUUGUGGAAAAGCACAAGAAAGACCUGCAACAGGUUACUGCAGAGCUGGCAGAUAAAGAGAAAGAAAUUAACGACAAAAACAGUGAGCUUGAGGAGCUUGUCAGAGCCAUUUCUAAAAGGAGCACUGGGCUUGGCAUCCUGAGUGCCAUGGUGCCUUUUCUUGGAGCCAUAAUCUCCUCCAUCGUCCAGGCAGCCAAAAACCCAGGGGAUAAAGCCAGAAUCCAGGCUCUGCAGAACAAGAUCAAUUUACUCGUUUCAGAGAAAACUGCACUGAAACAGAGGGAGUACACCUUACAGAAUGAGGUGUUCAGCUGGCAGAUGAAAGAAGCAAAAGCCAAAAUGGAGUUGGGUUCAAUUCCAUCCCCAGAGCACCUGAAUGAGGUUCAGAUUUGCCUCUCCAGAAUCCAGCAGAUUCUGGUCCAGCUACAAAAAUUCUGGGUGAAAAUUGGUGUAAUGCUGGAUUACCUGAGGGACAAGACCUUUGUUGGGGAAGACAUGAUUGACGACCUAGACAUCUUAAAGGAUGUAUUUUUGGAAUCAAUCACCACAGCCGCAAAGGUUUGGACAAAAUUCGGUGCCGCAUGUGCGAAAGCCAAUGGCGUAUUCAGCGUCCAGGCCAAAGAUGCCUACAGGUUCCUGGAGAUCAAUCCUUCCUCUCUCCCUAAAGAGGAGUGGGAGAAACAGUAUGAUGCUGUGAAGGAGAAGCUGAAGUUGAUACAUCCCUCCCCACCUGCCAUUGAGGGGACUGGCACUGAGGAGCCUCCUGCUUCAGCCAUCACCCAGUAA